AGGAGGCGCGGGGUGUCUCUCCCUCCCCGCCAAUGCUCGGCUGCCUUCGGAGAGGGCGCCAAACAAAGGCUGGUCGCUCCCUCCCCCGGCCGGGCAGACUGGCUUUCGCGGACGGGCGGAGGACCCUGUUGCAGCCCUGGCCAAGUGCCGGGGACGCGGCGGCGGCUGGAAUUAGAGAUGCUGCCCGGCUGAGCGGCAGGGACUAGCGGGCUAGGCUGCGCGCGCGAGGUGCUUCUGGUUGCUGGUGGCCGUCCUCGCCGCCGCCGCCGCAACCAUGGCCAUCGCGCACAUCGCCACUGAGUACGUCUUCUCGGACUUCUUGCUGAAGGAGCCGUCGGAGAGCCGAUACAAGGGGCUGCGGCUGGAGCUGGCCCUCGACAAGCUGGUCACCUGCAUCGCCGUCGGGCUGCCGCUGCUCCUCAUCUCGCUCGCCUUCGCCCAGGAGAUCUCCAUAGGUAGUCCUCACCUUACAACAGUUCACUUAGUGGCCGUUCAAAGUUACAACGGCACUGAAAAAAAGUGACUUGGGACUGUUUCCCAGAUUUGGGAUCAUUAGAACUUCUGCAAGAAAAGAGAGCACCAAGGACCCCUUAGGACUAUUUUUCACUUACGACCUUUGCAGCAUCCUCAUGGUCACGUGAUCAAAAUUUG